AGGGGGAGAGAGAGAGAAAGAGGAGAGAGAGAGAGAAGAGAGAGUGAGAUGUGUACGCUCCUCAGUCCUCUCACAGUUCACAAAUAAAGAGUCCCUAAGUGGGUCCGCACUGCCCAGCCACAUUCUCCUGCUAAUCACAUUACUACUGCAGGGACAGAGAGGAGAAGAGAGGGAAGAGGAAGAGGAGACCAAGGCAUUGGAAGAGUGGAGAAAAGGGGGAGAUAAUACUUCAAAUAAAGUGAAGGCACCAAGUUUUAUUGAGUGACAACUUGGACCUGCUAAAUUAAACCUAAUUCCCUGAAGGUGCUGUGUCUUCUCAUCAUGGCCCCUCAAACUGUGAUGCUGCUGCUGCUUCUGGCUGCCAUGGUGACCAUGGCCCAGUCCGUUGGCGAGGAGAACGAACUGGAUUAUGGGUACUGGAACUACCGGGAGGGAGCUGAGAGUGUGAACGUGACCACUGUCCGCAGUGUGACCAGAGUCCUGGACGUCUGGGGAAAACGCAUCUUCAACGAGAUCAAGACCCUACUCCACUCUCAGCCCAGCACCCUGCUUCCUGACUACUCCAGGGUGCGCCCUCUGUCCGAGUCGCUCAACGAUCUCUUCAGGGAAGUCACUCUGCUGCACAGGCGUAUCACGGAACUCACCCAUCGCCUAGCAACCUUGGAACCAUUCCUCCGUCGCCACGGCUACCGGGACGAGGGGGAGGAGGAGGGAGGGGGUGGCGGUAGCAGGGCUCUGGCACCUCGGAGCAUGAGAGGUGGCGCAGCGAGACUGACGAGGUACACCCUGAAGAAGGCGGUCCCUGUGAGGGGGACUAGGGUGGUGAGGAGGAGGAGGGUGAGAGUAUACAACAACGGACAAGUUAGGAUGCUGGAGAGUGAGAGAUAGCGGGAGGGAUUGUGGACUACGGAGGAGUGUGAUAGUAGGAAAGUUAGUGUUAGGGUUCUAAGUUCAGUGUGAGGUGAGAGGUCAAAGGUGAAAGAGCGAGAAAUUAACGAAAUAGAGUGCAAAUAAUUAUAAUGUAUCAACAUCUGAUAUCUAUUGUAGAAAGUUGAUGUAAAAUGUAUGUAUUCUCUAUCUCUGCUUCAUUAUUAACAAAGAUGUGCAUCUGUAGUUGUUGUGUGUAUCAACCCAUGAGAGAGCAAUGAUAUAUUCAUUAAACAAACUCAUCAAGUCUCAA